CGAAGUUGUGAUUUUAUCGAAGUACCGUUAUCGCCUCAGCUGCAGCCAUUAUCGCCCUGGCUGAUAACGACUACGACGGGGCGACGACAAACGGCGAAGACCGUCGGGAGAGAUUAAGGUUACGUCGCGGUGACCGGUUCGACCACGGUACGAACUAUACUGGCAAUACCAUACCUACGUCGUGGUGAACCAUCAAUAAAAUAUUGUAAUAUCGUUAUUGGCCGAUACGCAGUGGCAGUGUGCGUAAACAAAUAGUACGACAAUGACGCGCGACCCGUCCGGACAGCGUUUCCUGACGUGCGCCGCCGCCGCUGCUCUGCUGCUGAUAGCGUCGUGGACGUCCAUGGCGACGACGGCCGGCCGACACGUCUCCAACCUGAACGGAAACUGCAUGCGGUGCAUGUGCUACGCGUCCACCCUGUGCAACGUGACCGUGGGGUGCUCGCGCGGUUACUGCGGUCCUUACUACCUGUACCGCGAUUACUGGAAGGACGCCGGCCAGUUGGUGGUGGCGGACGACGACCCGGACCGGGACCAGGCGUUCGUGGACUGUGCUUCCAACAUGGAAUGCGCGCAAAAGGUCGUCGAGAACUACAUGGUCAAAUGGGGACGGGACUGCAACAGAGACGGCGUGACGGAUUGCGACGAUUACGCGAGGAUUCACUUCAACGGCCGGGAAGACUGUUCGGCCAUCGAUAACACCAAUUACUGGAGGCGAUACGAAACGUGCCGGCCGGUCAGCAGCAGAGGAAAGUUUAACUGAUGUACCUAUCGAGAGGCCGAACUACGCGAGAGCUCAUUAAUACUUACUACCUAUUACGAUGUUAUUAUUUAUAUUAAAAUUAAAAUUAAAAUGUACUCUAUACUAUUA